CGGGAAUUCCGUCGCCGCGCCGCCGUACGGCCUGUGACCGUCGCAGGCAGAUCCAUGGAGGAGCUGACCCGGCCGCAGCGCCAGAACUAGCACGUCGCCAGGACCUCCUGCUUCCCUCGUCCGCACCGACUCCUCUUCUCCGCCCCGUUUCGGUCCCCGGAGCAUGGCUGCGGCGAUGGAGACCGGGAAUCCCCCCGCGGCUGCUGCCGGCACAGGAACCUGUAGUGACGCGCUAUUCCGGGAGUUAUGGCAUGCGUGCGCCGGACCGCUGAUCACCGUGCCCAGACAAGGCGAACGAGUAUAUUACCUUCCACAGGGUCAUAUGGAGCAGCUUGAGGCAUCUACGAGCCAGCAUAUUGACCAGUACCUGCCGAUGUUCAAUCUCCCAUCCAAAAUACUAUGCCGUGUGGUCAACGUAGAACUCCGGACAGAAGCUGAUUCAGAUGAAGUUUACGCUCAAAUCAUGCUGCAACCAGAAGCUGACCAAAGUGAGCUCACAAGCUCAGGUCCUGAGCCACAAGAACCUGAGAGAGGCACAAUACAUUCCUUUUGCAAGACACUGACAGCUUCGGAUACGAGUACCCAUGGUGGUUUUUCUGUUCUUAGGAGGCAUGCUGAAGAGUGUCUUCCUCUGCUGGACAUGUCUCAGAAUCCCCCAUGUCAAGAACUGGUUGCCAAAGAUCUCCAUGGAACUGAGUGGCAUUUUCGUCACAUAUUUCGUGGACAACCUAGACGGCACCUACUUACAACUGGGUGGAGUGUCUUUGUUAGCUCAAAGAGAUUGGUUGCUGGUGAUGCAUUUAUUUUUCUGAGAGGUGAAAAUGGUGAGUUACGGGUUGGAGUAAGGAGGCAUAUGAGACAAGUAGAUAACAUGCCGUCAUCUGUCAUAUCAAGCCACAGCAUGCAUCUUGGAGUUCUUGCAACAGCCUCCCAUGCUAUCUCCACUGGGACCCUCUUUUCUGUUUUCUACAAACCCAGAACAAGUCGAUCUGAGUUUGUAGUGAGUGUUAACAAGUACCUUGAAGCGAAGAAGCAGAAUAUUUCUGUUGGAAUGAGAUUUAAGAUGAAAUUUGAAGGCGAUGAAGCUCUUGAAAGAAGGUUCAGUGGAACAAUUACUGGUAUUGGGAGCACAGCGACAAUGCCAACCUCUGCAUGGGCAGAUUCUGAUUGGAAAUCUCUGAAGGUACAAUGGGACGAACCUUCAUCCAUUCUUCGUCCAGAUAGAGUUUCACCAUGGGAAUUGGAACCACUGGAUGCAGCUAAUCCACAACCCCCACAACUUCCAUUAAGGAAUAAGCGCGCACGACCUCCAGCUUCACCUGCCGUGGUUCCAGAACUUCCUCCAAAAUUUGGACUAUGGAAGUCCCCAACUGAACCAAGCCAAACCCUCUCAUUUUCGGAACCACAACGCGAGUUAUUUCCUACUUCAAUCUUCUCAUCGUCAUCAAAUGUUGCAUUCAAUCAGUUCUACUGGCCAGCAAGAGAAUCAAGAGAAGACUCUUAUGCUGGAAGCACUAACAAAGUCACAGCUGAAAGAAAGCUUGAACCAACUACUGGUGGUUGCAGAUUAUUUGGAAUUGAGAUAAGAUCUGCUGUGGAAGAAAAACAGCCUGUGGUUACUUUUUCUGGUGAUGAUUAUAACCAAAUGGCUGCAUCUGUAGACGUUGACUCAGCUGAGCUCUCGCAGCCAUCCAAUGUCAACAACUCCAAUGCUCAAGCAGCAAGCAGUGAACGUGCUCUUCUCGAGACCCAAAGUCGCCAAGUUAGAAGCUGUACAAAGGUAAUUAUGAAAGGAAUGGCUGUUGGAAGAGCAGUGGACUUAACAAAGCUAGAUGGGUAUGGCAAUCUUCACCGCAAGUUGGAGGAGAUGUUUGAUAUACAGGGGGAGCUAUGUUUCACACUCAAGAAAUGGCAGGUUGUUUAUGCCGAUGAAGAGGAUGAUAUGAUGCUUGUUGGGGACGAUCCUUGGGACGAGUUUUGCAGCAUGGUGAAAAGAAUUUAUAUUUAUUCGUACGAGGAGGCGAAACAGUUGGCACCUAAGGCUAAGUCAUCAGUUAUCGCUGACACCAUGAAGCUCAGUGGCGUUAGUUCAUCUCAUGAAUCAGUUACUCCACGGAGCGGCUUAGACUACCGGGCCUCAUUUUCCAACACAGACUGCCGAAUGCUAACUUUGCUCUAAUUCUGUUCGUUCUUCCACUGGAUCAUUCGGGAAAAUGUCCAUGAUCCUUCACUCUGGUGGGAAGAGCUACUCAUAAUUGGUUCACAGACUAAAGGGUGUCGACUGCCUUUUUCUUGAACUGUAGUGGCCUUUGGUCGUGUGUCAACAUGGAAUGCGGAGAAGAGGUAUUCUGUCAUUUCAUGCCGUUUUGCUGCCAGUUGCUUGGUUUUAGGAGAUAACUGGUGAACAGCUCCCGCCUUCACUGCUUGGUACUAGUAAAUAGGCGUAUGUAUGUAUAUUGAUGUUCGAGUAUAUGUAUGAAUUGAUGCAAUUUAGGUAGUGGUGGUGGUGGUAUUAGUAUGUUUCUUGCAGCAUUUACCUUUCUUCAUUGUGGAAGCAAUCUGUAUAUAUCUAAGAAACUUGUGCUUUCUGUUC